AAUAAAUGAACCAAUCAUGCAACGUAACACAAAAUCUAAACCAACACAAUGACCCAGUUAAGCAGAGGUGACAAAGCAAGCCCAAGACACCUGGAGAGAGAUCUAGAGAGUUUCGUAAAAGAAAGAAAAACUAUCUCACGAGACUUGAAACAAAAGUUAAAACAUUAGAGCAUGAAAUUUCAUGUCUUACACAAGAAAAUACUGAGCUUCAAGAGACUAUUACUAAUAUGAGAGCAAAACUGUCGACUGCCGAGAAAAAGUCUUCUUCUACUCAGCCACAUAAGUCUACUAUCAACAAGUACUCUCAUCCUCUUCAUGAGUAUGAAGACUUCAUGGACAACCAGAUGAAGAAGAUAAUGAUCCGAGAUCCUUCAGAAAUAAGAUACUCUACAAUGCUACAAAUGAAGAACCAAUCUGCAGAUUAUUCAGAUAACAGAAGAAAUUUCCUCAAGCAAAAGUUUGAUGAUAUCCUCCAAAACAUUGCAUGUAUCAACACGAAGUGCUUCAUGGCUGGAUCGAAGAAUGUCAAUAGGGCUGAGUUCCUGAGAAGAAACUGUACCAAAAAGAGAAGAGAGAAAUACAUCAAUGCAAGUGGUCAAUAUUUAUUUUUAGAAAGAAAAAUCUGAGAACAAGGAAGUCUAUUUUGACACUUUCUUACAUACUAAUAUUGCCAAGUUCAUUGAGCAGAAAGGAGAAGGACUUAAAAAGAAUCUAGCUGGCAUUGGGAGGACUGCAAGGAAACUAGUCAGGAUCAGGAACGAUCUCUUCAAUAUCUAUAAAGAGCAAGAAAAUAUGAUGGAGGGAUUUGAUGAUUACCAAAAAGAAGAUAUGGUAAUUUACUACAAGUUUGUGGAAAAAGUCAAGAGUAAGGUAUCUCUGACACCUCAUUUCUUAUGGGAUAUCCCAGUCAAAUCCCACUCUAACGAGCAAUAUGAUGCAGGAGAGCUCAC